UAAAGGAGGGAGGGGAAAAAAUAAAUAAAGGAAAGCUAAUAGGAGUAAUAAAGAAAAAAGGAGAGAAAAGAGGGAUAGAAAGACAAAGGUUCUCAAAACCCCAUGAUUUCACAAUUCUCUCUCUCUCUGCCCUCUAAGUAUUGCCGUGUUCCUUUUCUUUCCUCUACUUAAUUAAGAGUAGGAAGACUUCUCAAAGUUUCUCAAAAAACAAGACUUGUUUGGUAGCUUCAGGAAAAGUAGUAUUUGAAAGAAUAAAACAUACUUUACUAUGGAUCAGUAAAUAAGAAAGAGAAAGGAAGGGGUAGCUAUAGCUAGUUAGUUGUAAGAAGCUUAGUUGUUGUUAGGUAGGAGAGAAAAUGAAUUUGCCGAAAUCACCAGUGCAGCAAAUGAUGAGUGGAAGCCCUAAGUGGUGGAAUAACAUGAGGCCUCCCAUAUCUCAACAAGUUGCUGCUACUACUCAUCAUCAUCAUCAUGUUUCUAAUUCCUUGUUGCCUCCUAAUAAUCUUCUUCCUCAUUUCUCUCCUUCACUCCCCAUAUGGAAUGACAAUCAAGAUCACCUUCCGGAAUCAUGGAGCCAAUUACUUCUAGGUGGCUUGGUAGGGGAAGAAGACAAGGUAGUGCAUCUCAGCAAUAUGCAGGUCAAGAAAUUGGAGAACAAUUGGGAUGAACAGACGUUCCUGAGCCAGCCUGAUUCUGUUAACCAAAAAAGCAUACCAAAUAGCUAUAUGUAUGAACAUGGAAAUAAUGUGGAGUUCCAUCAGAACACAGAGUUAGCUGCUAAACCAACUUGGACACAGAUGUUGCCAGUCUCAUCUCCCAAGUCUUGUGUUACAACUUUGAGCAGCAACAUGCUUGAUUUUUCUAACAACAACUCAGAUUCCAAACGCCCACCUCCAGAUCAUUCAUCUGAGUGCAACAGCGGGGCAGCUACAGGUGGGGCACCUAAUAAGAAGGCUAGGGUUCAACCAUCUUCAACUCAGUCAACCUUCAAGGUGAGAAAGGAAAAAUUGGGGGACAGAAUAACAGCCCUUCACCAAAUUGUUUCCCCAUUUGGGAAGACUGACACAGCUUCUGUCCUGUUAGAAGCUAUUGGGUACAUCAGAUUCCUUCAGAGCCAAAUUGAGGCCCUUAGCUUGCCGUACCUAGGCAGUGGAUCAGGAAACAUGAGGCAGCAACAUCAACAACAAUCUGUUCAUGAGAGGAAUAGUUUAUUUCCUGAAGACCCUGGUCAGCUAUCCAAUGACAACUGCCUGAAAAGGAAAGCAACUAGUGAGAAGGAUUAUAAUGAAGAACCAAAAAAGGAUCUGCGCAGUAGAGGGUUGUGUCUGGUUCCACUAUCAUGCACACUGCAAGUUGGGAGUGACAAUGGAGCAGAUUACUGGGCUCCGGCAUUCGGAGGAGGUUUCCGGUGAAUGGAAAAAAUAAAAAAUUUGGUCACGUACGGCACACUUAUGAUGAUACAAAAACCAAGUUGCACCAAAUUAAGUGCUAGUAGCUAUAACAUCAUGAUCACUCAAUCUGCUAAAAAUCUAAGGUUGAUUGCUUAUGAUGCUAUACAUUUUCUUCUGAAUUAAUUUACCAUGCAAUGGUGUACUGUAAUAUUAUAUAGUCAAGCUUGCAGUUUGGCCUUAGAACUCGGUACCUAUUGUCUAGUUUUUCCCCUUUCAUCGGCAAGUACAAUGAUCAUUUCAUGACUUUAUGUAUAUGCCAUUCCUCUACGAUAAGUAUUCAUUUUUAUGCUUC